AUGGGUCGUUGGGUCUUCGCCGUGUUAUUCCUAUGUGUGGCGUCCUCAGAAAGUCUAUAUUUCCAUAUGAAGGAAACCGAAGAACGGUGCUUUCUAGAAGAUGUUCCAGAAGAUACACUUGUAGCUGGAAAUUAUAAGUUGUUGGCUGCAAAAGGGAAGCAUUUUGAAAGGUCAAAAGACUUAGGGGUAAAAGUGAGGGUUACGGAUCCAAAUGACGAAGUUCUCCUUGACCGCGUGUACUCUUCUGAAGGUCGAUUUGUAUUUACUGCCCAUAGACCUGGUGAAUAUAAAAUGUGCAUAUCAUCCGACUCAAAUGCAUGGUUUGGAGGAUCACAACUGAGAGUACAUCUAGAUAUUGCAGUGGGUGACCAUGCUUUGAAUUAUCAAGAAAUAGCUUCUAAAGAUAGAUUAAAUGAUCUGCAGCUUCGAGUUCGUCAGUUAUUGGACCAGGUUCAAUCCAUAGCUAAAGACCAAAACUAUCAGCGCGUUAGAGAAGAACGCUUCCGCAGAUUGAGCGAAAGCACAAAUUCACGUGUAACUUGGUGGAGCGUAGGACAGUUGAUAUUGCUGAUCUUCAUUGGCUGUUGGCAAAUGCGUCACCUGCGAGCUUUCUUCCAGGCUAAGAAGUUGGUCUGA